AUGGCCGGCGCCAGCCUCCCAGAAACAGGGCCGGAGCCGCGGCGGUCGGGGGCCGCCGCCAGCGCUGCAGAGCACCUGGUGAGGGCGCAGAAACUGUGUGAAAAGGUGCGGAAAAGCAUAUCCUCCAACUACAGCUCCUCGGAGCGGGAGCUCAUCGACAGGGUCUUCCGGCUCUUCGAAACCGUCACCUGCCUUCGCUUGGUGCCUCGAACUAGCGAGAAGGACUACGUGCGUAUCACUCCCACCGGUCGAUGUAGUGGAGAAGUGGGACGCCGCGGAGGACGCCAGAGGAUCAGCCUGCCACACUGGUGUCUCAGUUUCGGACACGGCGCACACGAGCUGAUGCACACAGCAGGGUUCUGGCACGAACAUCAGAGACCGGACCGGGAUCAGUUCGUCAGGGUGCUGUGGGACAACAUCAAGCCACGACAUCGUCGGGCCGACUACGGCCGGAGGCUCUGGGAGGAGCUCGGCGAGGGCAGCUGGCUGGGUCCGUACGACUUCCGCUCGAUCCUGCAUUACUCGGGACGCGGAUCGGCUGUGGAUAGCACCAAACCCACCAUGGUGGCCAGACAGGGUGGUGUCAAGCUGGGAGGCAACGGCAACCUCACCGACAUCGACAUCUGGAAGAUAAACACGCAGUACCACUGCUGGCAGCGUCCAAGUAGUCGUCAAGCUGAAGGACCUGCUGAAACCCACGGCGAUCUCACCAACAAGUACAACAUCCCCUACGAGAACUGA